UUUCAUCUAGAGAUUUCAUGAUGAACUACAAACCUUCCCAGCAUGCACUUCUACUUCUGUUUUCCCAGCAUGCAUUUUCCCCACUGCAAUGGCCGCUUGGUUUUUAUAACCAACAUGUCAUAUAUGUUCACCCUCUAAUUUUGGCAUAUUUGAGAUAGUUUUAGGCGAUAUAAAUUUAAUGCCGAACAAUGCCGAAAUAUUACGAGGAUAAAGAGGAGGAUACGCGAGCCUGCGCCGGCGUUAGGGAGGACUUUAAGGCUUGUCUUCUUCAGCAUGACUGUGUUGUGAAGGAGGGAAAGAAGCCCAGUGACUGUCUUAAGGAAGGCCACUGCAAAGCUCUGCAGACAUCAUUUUUCGAGUGCAAGAGGUCCCUGCUGGAUACAAGAUCAAGGUUCAGAGGGAGGAAAGGAUACUGAUGACCUAUUUCUACUGUUAGGGUGGAAACCAGUGGAACACCUUUUUCAGCAAUACGGAUGCUUCUUCUGAGGGACAUGUGUGGCAGCAAAAGACCAAAACAUACAAAUAUACUUGGAGCAGGAUUCCAGUUUCAGACCACAGAUUGAAGCUUGAAUAUUUUUAAGGAAAGGUUUAUUCUGGAUGGAUGUGUGUGGUGUAUGGAUAGAAAAAAUGUUAAUAAAUGAACAAAGUAAAAAUUUCCA